AUGAAGAUUCUACAGCCAAGCUGGGUGCAUCACGAUGAAAAGUCCAUUUUUUCUAUCGACAUCCAUCCGAGCGGAGAGCGGUUUGCGACCGGUGGCCAAGGAUGCGAUUCGGGGCGUGUUGUCAUCUGGAACAUGGCGCCGGUGCUGAGCGAUGAAGCGGAGGCAAACCAGAACGUACCGCGGAUCCUGUGCCAAAUGGAUAACCAUUUGGCGUGCGUUAACUGCGUCCGCUGGUCAGCCAACGGUCUUAUGCUGGCAUCCGGUGGCGACGAUAAGCUCGUAAUGAUAUGGAAGAAAACCGUCGGCGGAAGCGGUGGUAUCGGUGCGUUCGGAAGUAGCGGAAAAUCCGUCGAACACUGGCGAUGCAUAAACACGCUGCGAGGCCACGCGGGCGACGUGCUGGAUUUGGCGUGGUCUCCCCAAGAUCGUUGGAUUGCUAGUUGCAGCGUGGACAACACGAUCAUUAUUUGGGAUGCACAACAUUUUCCGAAAAUCGUGCACGUACUGAAAGGACACACCGGCCUGGUAAAGGGCGUAACAUGGGAUCCGGUGGGGAAGUUUGUGGCAUCCCAAAGCGACGACCGGUCUCUGAAGGUGUGGAAAACUACCGACUGGAGUUGUUUUAAAACCAUUACGGAACCGUUCGAGGAAUGCGGUGGUACCACUCACAUCCUGCGCCUAUCGUGGUCACCGGACGGACAGUAUCUGGUUUCGGCGCACGCAAUGAACGGCGGUGGUCCCACGGCCCAAAUAAUCGAGCGUGACGGAUGGAAGUGCGAUAAAGACUUUGUCGGCCAUCGGAAGGCGGUUACCUGCGUGCGAUUUCACAAUUCCAUCCUGAAACGGAUGGCGCCCAAAACGAACAAACUUCAGCAGUACUGCUGCCUAGCGGUUGGAGCACGGGACCGGAGUCUGUCGAUUUGGCUCACGGCCCUCCAGAGACCGCUCGUUGUGAUCCACGAUCUGUUUCAGGAUUCAAUUCUCGAUCUCUCGUGGAGCCACGAUGGCUACACGCUACUGGCGUGCAGCGGCGAUGGCCACAUCGCGUGUCUGCAGUUCACUGCCCAAGAGCUUGGUACACCGCUUUCGGAGGAGGACAAAAACAUUCUCUACCAACGAAUGUAUGGCAAAAAUGCAAACUUCGAUCUGGCGGUGCAGGCAGAAAAGGAGAUGAUUGUAGAGAAUUCCGAUUUUCUAAAUGUCUCAAAAAGUAACCUAGUACCACCGACACUGGUGCCCCAGCCGGCCCAGGGAGCUAAAAAAGACGAAUCGAAAACCUCAAAUUACGCUGCCACUACGGGCAGCACCAUACAGUCACAAAAUGCGGUUCCCAUAAAGUCUUCGUCUUCGGUUCACGCACCCAUACUGAAGCAGAUUGAGACAAAAACAGCCGACGGAAAGCGUCGCAUAACGCCCAUUUUCAUACCGUUGAACGACGAUAACGGACCGGCUUCGGGUGCGAACAACUUUUCACCGACGAUCCAAUUCGGUAGCAAAUCGAGCGAAAGUAUGCCGAGCGUCGAUUGUAAGCCCCUGGUUAGUGACGACUCCAGCCAGCUAACGGUCACAAGCACACUCGAAACGAGCCUCGAGCCUACCUGCAAAUUGGACAAUAGACUGAAGAAAAUGCCCGUUACCGUGGCCCCUCUGAAGGCCGAGCCAAUGACUCUCGUAGCAGAACAAUCGGUGACGGCGACAGUAUCGCUGGCGCCAACACCAAGCCAAAAGCUGGUCGAACGGACGCGUCUGCCAACGUACGCCACUGGCAAGGCUACCGUCAUCCAAGGCAGCUCCUUCAAAGCCUUCGGUGAAGUGAGGGUUCAGAUACAGAACAAUUCAGUCAAAACAUCUUACGGUACUCUGUGCCGCGUGGCCGGCCUCACCGUAAACGCGCAACGUACGGAGAGGAAAAUCUGGGAAACGGUUGUCGGUUCGCCAGUGGUAUGUUUCGCAGUUAGUGCCAAAUACGCAAUCGUAUGCAGCCAGGAUUACACGAUCCGUUUGUUGGACAUAAAAACGGGAACACCAAUUUUUCCGGUCAUCAGCCUAUCGAGUCCGGCUGUGCAGAGCGCAUUUAGCUCCAAUUGCAAAUUAGUUGCCGUGGUAACCGAAAGCGGUAUGUUGCGCAUCUGGAAUGUGGCCGAUAAAGCUGUCUACCUCUCAACGAACUGUUCGGAUAUUAUGAGCGGAAGUUUUGUGACGGUGCUGCAUUUAUCUGACCAGGGAAUGCCGUUUAUCGUGCUUGCCAACGGAUCAUCGUACUGUUACUGCCGUAAGCUUGACAGCUGGAUGUUGAUCAACUCUUCCGAUCCGAUCAUGCGCCACGGAUUGAUCGGUAACAAGGCAAACACGCCCGUGCGAAACAUGAAAGUGUACCCACUGUCGACGAUCCAAUCGUAUGGCAACUUUUCGGGACCGAAGACAAACAGUUUUGCCGAAUUACACUCAGCAACGUGGCAAACACCAGCAGCGAUUUCAUUUAUUGAAAAUCAAAUCAAAAUAUGUGAAAUGAUCAGCUCGCCCGUCGAGCUAAAGUACUGGUACUCGAUGUUGGGUUUCCAAUUAGCGCUCAACGGUAGCGAAGACAAGAUUCGCCAGGUGCUGGACGAGCUGCUGGGGGCUACGCAGAGCUUGGACGCACGAAUGAGCGACGACACUGACCCGUCCGUGCUCGGCAUUUCGAAACAUGUGUUCAUGGAGGACGUUCUGAACCACUUGAAAAUGCAAACAAAGUGGCAACGCAUUUACACCGAAUAUCUCGAUCAGCUGAAAUUUUUGAAGGAGCGUGACGUCACAGAUAAAGCGCUAUUGGAGUGA